AUGCACGCAUCUUGGAAACCCUGGAGCGGCGAGGUAUUGGCUCUCGUCGCAAUUGCUGGUAAUGCCGUUGCGCAUCAGGACAACAAUCAUCAUUACAUUCGUCGCCUCGAAAAGGAUUACCAAGUCCUUCGCGGCCGUGACAGCACGUGCACUUCAGGAUGGUCACUUUGCGCCGCUUCAAACGGCGGUGGCUGCUGUCCAAACGGCUACGAAUGCGCCUCAACUUAUUGCUUCAAGGCGGCAGCCAGCGCGACAACCGCAUGUGGUUUAGCUGGUUACGUUGCAUGCGGUGUUGAGAUGCCAGGAGCAUGCUGUCCCCAAGACUACACCUGCAGUGAUGGCAAGUGUAUUCCGCCUGCUGGUGAAAAUGUUACUUGCAGCUCGGGUCAUUACGCGUGUCCAGCAUCACUUGGCGGAGGCUGCUGCCAGAGUGGGAUGGGUUGUAAAUUGGAUGGCUGUUAUUCGACAGCCUCAAGCACCUUCACCAUUUCCAAAGCCGUCACUACGACAGACUCGGUUGGAAGUACCAUGACUUCUUCACUCACAUACACAACCACGCAAGCACCAAGUCCCGUAACCAAGGUCAGCGCCGGCCCUCUACCAGCAUACACUCAGAGCACCGUGUCGAAAAUGGCAGCCAUUGAAACCUCUCCAAGUAGUGGAGGCCUUAAUCAGGCACAACUCGGGGGAGUUAUCGGUGGGGUUGUGGCCAUCUUCGUGGCAGUCAUUGUGGCGGCUCUCCUCGUGAUACGACGCUUGAGAAAGAAUGCCAGGAUCAUGGAGGAUUCGAAGCGCGGCUCCUCUGUUGCAAAUCAAACAGUAACAUCGUCCAAGCGCGGCGCGCCAGUGACAACGACCGUAACAGAGGUUUGCGAAACCAACGACCUUGACCCCUUGACUUUGGAACACCACUUUGGCCGACCUGGGCAUCUACGUGCGGAAUCUGACUCCAGCACGGUGGGUAGGCAUCAAUCACCAGCCAGAAGUCCUGGAUUAAGCUCUGGCCACUCGACUCCCCCAGCCUGGCCCGGUCUAUAUAAGCCAGUGCACAACCCCGACAACCAAGCACAACAGUCGAGCAUAUACUCGGGCUCUGACGGUUACGAUGACGCAGAACGCCAAUUCCAAACGUCUCGGGCCUCGGAAAGUCGUGCAAGCUAUGAUUCACAGACUUCGAACGUACGGAGUCGACACUAUAGCAACGUCAGUGAAGUUAGCGGGAGUUGGGACGGCCAGCAUGGUUUGUCAGAGCUGGGAGAUGCCACGAUGGAAGCGUCGCGGCGCCGCUCUAGCAGUGGUGCCACGACGAGACCUGUGCCAACUUACCCGCGCCGGACCAGCGACACUCACCAGCGUGGUCGAAGUGACAGCUCAGCACCGGCGCUGGCUCCACUCAGUGAGAUCAAUGAGGCUCUCCAUGGUUACUAUGGGCCUUCAGACCGUCAGGUCGGGCAAACCGCAGACAGGUUGAAGGCGGGAAACUCCCCAACAGCACCAGAGACGUAG